AUGUACCGCCCGUAUACCCAAAGGCAUGUGGCGCAAACAUUGAAUAAUCGUUUCCCAUACACCUCGCUGUCCCCCCGGAAAGGUUCAGCCAGAGCUCUGCCAUCUCCGUUCCUCCUAGUUCUCUCCUCUCGAGUGUCCUACCACAACCGAUCUAACAACAAGAAGCCAAAGCCUGCCGAUUCCUUGGCCGACGCCUUUGAGUCAAAGUUCGAGAACAGGGUCGACAACAAGUCUGAUUCCAAGUUCAAGUUGAAUAUUGUCGAUUCCCGGCACGCAAAGACUGGUUUCGUCAACAGAGAUAGCGGAGCCAAGCGUCGAACCUUUAACAAGGACGUCCCGCUCGCCACCUCGAAUCCUACCAGGACACCGCCCGCCACCUUUUCUCCGCGAGACGCCGAGUCCUUUGGGAGAGACGCAGAACCUUUUCGCAGAGACGAGCCCUUUCAAAGAAGCGCAGAACCCUUCCGCAGAGACGAGCUCUUUCGCAGAGACGACAAGCCAUCCCGCCGAUACGAAGAGCCCUUUAGCAGGAAUAAGGAACGCUUCCACCGAGACGAGCCUUUUCGCAGAGACGACCGAGACGAACCUUUUCGCCGCGACGAGAAGCCUUUUCGCAGAAACCAGCCCUACCGCAAAUACGACGAGCCUUUCGGCAGAAAUAAAGAACGUCGCAGGAAUAGGGAGCCCUUCCAGCAGAAGUACGCCCUAAACACCAACCAUCCCGGUGGUAUCGCUAGGAGAGACGUUGUCCGUGGUGAUCCGGAAUCGUUCCCCAACAAGCGGGUUUUCUGCAUACCGGCCAAUUGGAACAAGGUCUCGGUGAAAAUUCCAGACUCUUGGAUCUACUGCGCCGACUUGAUUCAAGGACCAGAGACGGAACAGACAUACUAUACAAAGCUACCACCGGCUGGAAAGAAGAGAGAUAUUCGCGCUGCCAUGACGAACUACUUCCAGAUCGCGGCGACGCCGACGGCGGAUACGGGCCCGGCCCUGAUGCUGCACUUUGACCAGCGCCGCUACCUAUUUGGCAACAUUGCGGAGGGAACACAGCGAGCGUUGAGCCAACGUAAAGUGAGCUUGGGCAAGCUGGAGGUCAUGUUUAUUUCGGGCGCGACUAUCCAGCAGAACACUGGCGGUAUGAUUGGUAUGAUGCUUACAGUCGCGGAUGUUCUCGACGGCAGCAGGAGAGAGGUGCACGAGAGGAACCAGGCGAGGAAGGGCACGGGAAAGAAAUUGAUCGCGGCCAAAGGUCCCGAGCGGAUUGAGAUCCAUGGUGCCCAGAACCUCGCAUACUCCGUCGCAACAGCGAGAGGCUUUGUGUUCAGAAAGGGACUUCCGAUUCGUGCCGUCGAACUUUACGAGGAUCCGCGAAUCGCCAACCCCGAAGCCACCACUCCUGAUUGGCAGGACGAGCUAAUACAAGUCUGGAAGGUACCCAUCGCCUCCGAUCAUGUCAACAAGUCCCGUAAGAGAAGCCACGAGGUCAUGACGGCGGAAGAUGAAGGCCUGUCGAGCCCAGCCGGCGCUGUUGACGCCAAGGAGCAGGCCGUCAUUGACCGGGAAGCGAUCAAGGGUGUCGUCGAGAGCAUGUUCAACUCCAGCUGGACCAUGGACAAGCUGUACGAGACAAAACUUUCGCAGGUCCAGCUUCCCGCCACCAUCUUUGUCAGAGAAAACGGCAACAUCAAGAAGUACCAAGGUCCCAUGCCGGGCGGCGACGAACCUGUGCCUGACCUUGACGUUCUUGUGCGGUACCCUUGGCCGGCGGCCACGGUUGAGAAGUUGCCCAGCGCCUCCAUCUCAAACACUGCCGUUACCUAUAUCGUCAAGAACAAGGGCCGAAGAGGCAAGUUCAAUGCGGCUGCCGCGAAGGAGCUGGGCGUAAAGCCCACUGACAACAAGAAACUCACCGACGGAGUAUCUGUCCAGGGCAAGGAUGGUAUUACCGUCACCCCCGAGAUGGUUCUCGAGGCGCCGAUCAAACCUCAGGGCUUCACAGUCAUCGAUAUCGCAGACGCAUCCUACGUUGACUCGUUCCUCGGCAGACCAGAGUGGCAAAAUGCAAACUUGAUGGAUGGCGUACACGUCUUCAACUGGAUCCUUGGGCCGACCGUCAUCGACGACCCGAGAAUCCAAACGUUCAUGAAGGAACGACCGGAUGUCAAGCAUCUCGUCAUGUCCACCGAUACCAGCCCCAACAUGCUGGCGUUGGAUUCCUACGCAAUCCUCCACGGCUACCUGAGGCAGAUCGACCCUGACCGCUUCCCGCAACUUGCCUUCAACAACAAGGUCCGGGACCUCUCACACAUUGGCCCCAACGUGGAGACUGCUCGUGUGGGCAUGAAGGCGAAGCUGUCACCUGCCUACGAGCUUAUCAAGGAUGAGAUUGUUCCCCCAAUUUAUAACAAGUUCAAGGGCUCCGCAAUGGAAGAGGGGGUCAUUAGACUCGCAAAGGAAGCCGCAGACAAGAUCAAGGAGCCUGCUUUCCUAAAGGAGAUUGAGGAAGCAGAGAAGGACAUCCCGAAUCGCGACACGGAGAUCAUCCCUCUCGGCACCGGAUCUGCGGUGCCAUCAAAGUACCGCAACGUCUCGGCAACCCUUGUCCGGGUACCCCAGUACGGCAAUUACCUUUUUGACUGCGGUGAGAACACCCUCGGCCAGCUUCAACGAACAUUCGGGGCCGAGGAAACAACCAAAAUCCUCCAAGAGACCCGCUGCAUCUUCAUCAGCCACAUGCACGCCGACCAUCAUCUUGGAACAGCACGCUUCCUGCGCGCCUGGAACGAAGCCACUAUCCACCUCUCUCCCCAACCUCAACUCGGUCUCAUCGGCCCCGCCGCGAUGCAGUACUUCCUGAUGGAGUAUAGCCGCAUCGAGCCCAUCGCCUUCGGGCGCGUCAAGCUCAUUAGAAAGGGCCACUUCUUCCCCCACGACGAAGGCCGCCUCCCCGCCGACUGCCCGACGCGCCUCGCCUCCGCCCAGCUGGUCCCCGUCAACCACUGCAAAGAUGCCUACGCCGGCGUGCUGACCUGGCCGUCGGGCCUCAAGAUCGCCUACUCGGGUGACUGCCGCCCCAGCGAGAGACUCGUCGAGGCCGGCAAGGGCGCGACGCUGCUGAUCCACGAGAGCACCUUUGACAAUGACAAGAUGGGCGACGCGGUGGCCAAGAAGCACAGCACGUUGGGCGAGGCUCUCAAGGUGGCGAGCAACAUGGGUGCGCGCCGCGUGCUGCUCACGCACUUUUCGCAGCGGUAUGCCAAGCUGCCGCUCGUCGAGGAUCGCAAGACGGACGAUGGUGCUGAUCAGGCGGUGUUGAUGGCGUGGGAUCAGAUGAGGGUGAAGCUGGGCGAGUUCCGCCAGGCGCAGGCUUUCUUGCCUGCUAUUAGCCGCUAUGUGGAGUAUGAUGCCUUUAGGCAAGAUGGGGAUGAAUAG